AUGGAAGGCGGCGCAGUCCAGAUCGUAUCUCGGCGCACGGUCAAGCCAGAUUACCAAACGAGCACCCGGCCGCCGGAGCCCGAGACCGUCCACCUGACGCCGUGGGACCUGCGGCGGAUCACGGUGGACUACAUCCAGAAGGGGGUCGUCCUGCCCAAGCCUCCGCCCGGCGCGCACGCCGUCGAACACCUCGCGUCGUCCUUCGCGCGCGCCGUGGGCCGCUUCUACCCCCUCGCCGGCCGCUUCACCGUCGCGCCGGGGGCCACCGACGACGACGGGGCGCCGUCACCUCGGCCGAGCUUGACGAUCUCGCUCCGCUGCGGCGACGAAGGCGCCGACUUCGUCCACGCCGUGGCGCCCGGGGUGGCUGUCGCCGACAUCGCCGGCCCGCUUCACGUCAUCCCACGGGUGGUGUGGUCCUUCUUCCCUCUCAGCGGGAUGCUCGGCGCCGACGCCGUCGUCGACCCCGGCCGGCCGGUCCUGGCCGCGCAGGUCACGGAGCUCGCCGAUGGCCUCGUGGUCGCCAUGUCGCUGAACCACGGCGCCGCCGACGGGACCACGUUCUGGGACCUGUUCAACGCAUGGUCGGAUAUCAGCCGGAGCCGCGCCGCCGCCAACGGAGACAUCUCCACGGUGGCCCCACCUCCUAAGAGAUGGUUCCUCGACGGCUGCACCGUGCCGAUCCCUCUCCCCUUUGCCAGGGUGGAGGACAUCGCCAGGCGGUUCGAGUACCCGCCGGUGCAGGAAUGCUCGCUCCGUUUCUCGUCGGAGAGCGUGAAGAAGCUGAAGGCAAAAGCGAACGCCGAGAUGGCCACCGGCACAGCCACCAUCUCCUCCUUGCAAGCCGUGCUUGCACAGCUAUGGCGAGCAAUGUGCCGGCCCGUGGGCUCGCGCCGGACCAGGAGACGUCGUGCGCGCUUCCCGUCGGAUGCCGGACACGCGUGA